ACACAAUUUUGCAACCGUGUAAGCAAGCGUUGAGUGGUCACGAUAAUUUCUUUUGUUUUUUUCUAAUGUUAUAUUCAGAAAAUUUUUGUUAAUUUUAUCAGAAAACGCGUAAAAAAUGCAAAAUAAUAAACAAACUAUUGAUAAACAAUACAAAUAGACAACAAUAUUAAGUGAUAAUCAAGCAACAACAAGGAAAACAAAACGUGUCUCACUCUUCCUGCCUGCCAGCCGCCAACGUUUUAUACAAUUAGUAGUUUUUUUCGUAUAUUGUAUAAAAGAAAAACCUGUCAUCGUAGUUAUUUGUGUCAUCUGUUAACACCUGCUUGGCAAAGCCCCCGUUUAACGUUACGAUUCCUCCUUUCCUCCUCUCGUGCGUGUGUUUGUGUGGCAAGCGUGCUAAAACAGAAUGACAGACUACAGCGAUCUCGAUCGACAAAUAGAGCAAUUGAAACGCUGUGAGAUUAUAAAAGAAAAUGAGGUAAAGGCCCUGUGUGCCAAGGCACGUGAAAUAUUGGUGGAGGAGGGUAACGUCCAACGUGUAGACUCCCCCGUCACAGUGUGUGGUGAUAUUCAUGGCCAGUUCUAUGACCUCAAAGAACUUUUUAAAGUAGGCGGCGAUGUGCCGGAAAAAAAUUACCUCUUUAUGGGAGAUUUUGUGGAUCGUGGCUACUACAGUGUCGAAACAUUCUUACUGCUGCUAGCUCUCAAAGUCCGCUAUCCCGAUCGCAUAACACUGAUACGCGGAAAUCAUGAAUCUCGACAAAUUACACAAGUCUAUGGUUUUUACGAUGAAUGCCUGCGUAAGUAUGGAUCCACAGCUGUCUGGCGCUAUUGUACAGAAAUCUUCGACUAUCUCUCGUUGUCGGCCAUUAUCGAUGGGAAGAUAUUUUGUGUCCACGGUGGUUUGUCGCCCUCUAUACAGUAUUUAGAUCAAAUUCGUACUAUUGACCGUAAACAGGAAGUGCCACACGAUGGUCCCAUGUGUGAUCUGUUGUGGUCAGAUCCAGAAGAUCAAACUGGUUGGGGUGUAUCACCCCGUGGCGCCGGCUAUUUGUUUGGAGCCGAUGUGGUCAUGCAAUUUACCCGAACGAAUGAUAUUGAUAUGAUUUGUCGUGCCCAUCAAUUGGUCAUGGAGGGCUUUAAGUGGCAUUUUGGAGAAGCGGUUUUGACGGUGUGGUCAGCACCAAAUUAUUGUUACAGAUGUGGAAAUGUGGCAGCUAUUUUAGAAUUAAAUGAGUACCUGCAUCGUGAUUUUGUCAUUUUCGAAGCAGCACCUCAAGAAAGUCGAGGUAUACCAUCUAAAAAGCCUCAAGCGGAUUAUUUUCUUUAAGCAACCUGCACGGUACACAGUAAAACAUCAUCGAUAACAAAACUUAAUUCACAAUGUCGACAACUACAAAACAAACAAAAUUAAAACAACAAAAUAUCUAGAAAUCUUAAUAAUUUAUCAUUAAGACAUCAAAUAUUUUUGUGGAACUGUAAAAAUUUUUACGAAAAACAAAACUUCAAUUAUUAAAUAAAUAAAAAAAUAUUCCACUAAAAUAAACAAAAAUGACUUGGAUAUAAAAAUAAAACAAACAAAAAAAUUUAACAAAAAAAACAAAAAUUUAACAAAAAAUAAUAUAAAAAACUAAAAACAGAUUCUUUUAAUAAAUGUUAGUUAUAGUUACCUAAGUAUUAAGUUAGAACAACCACAACAACAACAUAAAACAAACAAAUGAAAGCAACAACAUUAAAAAUACCAUAUAAUUUAAAAAAACAAACAAAGAAAUACACAAAAAAGAAUUUAAUUUUAAAAACAGAGAUGUUUUUCCAGCUUUUUAAAGAGAAGAAAAAUAAACAAAAUUUUAAAAAUACCAUUUUUUUGCUUUAAAUAUGAUUUUGUAUAAUAAAACGAAAUAAAUAUAAAUUUAAAAAAAAGAAAAUACAAAAUAUAAAAACUAAAAAAAAAUACAUUUUAUUUGAUUUUGUGAAUUUAUAGGGAAAGUUUUAAAAUGUCUGUUUAUUUGAAAACUAUUAUCGUUACACAGAGAAGAUAUUAAAAAACUGCCGCAUCCUUUUAAACAAAUUGGGAUGUUUUUUCUAAAACAAAAACACAACAAAUAUUGAAGAUAGAAUCAAGUCACUAAAAUUAGGUCUGAUUAACACACACCUCAAGUUUACUUUGACAUGUCUAGAGUAGAGGAGAUUGGAAAUAUUUUCUCCUGUUUUUCUUGUUAUCUCUUCUAUAAACUCAAUACUUGCGCAAGUAAACUUGAUGUGUGUGAAGCAGCACUUAGAUCCCCAAAAAUUCAGAGCAAGUCGUUAAACACUUAAUUUAUUAGAUCUUAAAUACAAUGCUGAAUAUGAUUUUGAAUAAACAUUUUUAUUUACCACAACCUAAAUAAAUAAACUUUAUAUGAAUACAAAAAAAUAUCAAACAAAAGUUAUUCUGUUACUUUCUUUGAAUGUAUUACUUAUUUAUUUAGUUUAGCCUGCUUAUAAAUCAUUGUUUCUUUUUUUACUUUUAUAAUUUCUUUUUAUUUUUUCCACCUUUCCAUACAAUUAAUUAGUUUUCUUGUUUAGUUUAGUGUAUAAUAAAUAUUGAAAAUUAUAAAAAAAAAUAAAACUUUUUAAUUAAAACCAUCAACCAAUCUACCAUUUUAUAAAUGCUUUACACUCAUAAUGAACAUAAAUAAUAUUAAUAAUCUACUACUCUAUAUAACAUUUUUUAGUUGUUUAUUCUGUUUAAAUGUACAAUUUCUUUAAUUUAUAAAGUUUUUUUUUUUUUUUUGUAAAAAAGAAAUAAACUACAUAUAGAAAGAAAAACAAUAAGAAAAAAACUGAGAAAAUAAAAUAAAGAAUAUUAAUAUUCAACAACAAAAA